CUUAACUUGAAAAUAUUUUUUUAAAAAUUUUACAACUAAGUGCUUUAUUGAGUGACUUGUUUUAACAUAAACGUGACAAUGGAUAUCUUAAAUAGGAUAGUGGCGGGUUAUCAUGACCUAAUGGAUAACAAAAGUGAUCAACGAGUGAAGGAUUGGUUCCUGAUGUCAUCGCCGUUCCCUACAUUAAUGAUAUGUCUCACUUAUGUCUUUACAGUCAAAGUGCUCGGCCCCAAGUUGAUGGAAAACAGAAAACCUUUCGAACUAAAGAAUGUGCUCAUAUGGUACAACCUGUUUCAAGUUAUUUUUAGUUGCUGGUUGUUUCACGAGAGCAUAGUAAGCGGUUGGUUCAAUGGAUACAGUUUCCGUUGUCAACCAGUCGACUACUCAAGAUCGCCUGAAGCGAUGCGUACGGUGAGAGGAUGCUGGUGGUAUUACUUUUCAAAAUUCACAGAAUUCUUUGAUACGAUCUUCUUCGUAAUGCGCAAGAAGUUCGACCACGUUUCGAAGCUGCAUGUCAUUCAUCACGGCAUUAUGCCGAUGUCAGUCUGGUUCGGCGUCAAAUUCACGCCCGGUGGUCACUCAACAUUCUUCGGCAUGCUUAACACGUUCGUGCACAUUAUAAUGUACUCGUACUAUCUGCUCGCCGCACUGGGCCCCAAGGUGCAGAAAUUCCUCUGGUGGAAGAAGUACCUCACUGCGCUGCAAAUGGUCCAGUUCGUGUUAGUGUUCUUCCACGCGUUCCAGCUGCUGUUCAUUGAUUGCGACUAUCCUCGUGCCUUCGUCUGGUGGAUCGGAAUGCACGCUGUUCUCUUUUAUUACCUCUUCUCUGACUUCUACAAACAGGCGUACCUUAAGAAAGCCAAGAUUGCGAAGGCCAAAGUAAAGGUAGAGAUGGAUACGUGCAAAUCGGAGACAAAGGAGGGAAAAUUGUCUCUCUUGAACGGCUUCAGCAAUGGGUCCGCGCUGAGCGACGUACGACAACGUAUGGCGGGCGCUGUCGCCUCGCAAUGAAACAACCUGUUAUGUCAUAUGCCGACAUAUUUAACUGUGAUGAACUUUCCUGGCGCAAUAGCGCGAUGUUUACCUAAUAAACUUACUGCUACACUCAGAAACGUUUUAUCGCUUCGUUAAGAGACCCUUUGUCUAGAUUUGUUGUAUUAAAUCUUGGGUAAGGGACUACCUUAAUGACUUCACGUCUCUGAGUACGGCAGUCCGUUAUUCGGAAGAAGCUCAAUUAGUGACAAUAUAAUUAUUUUUAAUAAUUAGUUUUAUUUGAUAAAACUCUGAUGAUGUAGAGUUUUUUUUGCAAUGGUAAUUAUAAGUUUAGCAUAUAUCUUAGUUCUAAAAAUACUUUUAUUAUAUAAAAUUGUUUAACAAAAUAAGACUAGUAUGUACAAAUAAACCUAUCGUAGUAAUUUUCAUAUCGUUUUUGAUAAAAAUACUCGAUUAUAUUUGUAUUUUACGUUGUCUUAUUUUGUAUACUUUCAUUUUUUUAGAAGGAAUUAUUUUAGUUUUGUAAUUUCCAAAGGUCAGUUAAGAAACGAAAUGUGGUUUUGUAUUCUCAAUGUUAAAAGUAAUUUUAGUUUUCUCAAUUGCAAGCAAGUCAAAGGGUCAUAAACAAAACAGUUAUUUACAAAAGCCCCCACCGUUGUUGACUUGUUUAUCUAAUAUGAUAAUUUUAUAUGUAUAUUUUAUCCCAUUUUACCUGUAGUAUAUACCAAAGUUUAUGUAUAUAUAUUCCAAACAUGUAUAAAAUAUUUUCAUGUCACAAGGUUUUAUUUCUAUACAAUAAACUUAGUACUUAAAAAUACUAAAAACAGUUCAGUUCGGGUAAAAAUCAGGCUUAUAAAUAAUUUUACUUGUAUAAGGCAAAAAUAAAUAACGAUAUUAAAAAAUAUGACUGUUUAUACUUUUAUAGCUCUCAUUCAAAAUACGAUAAGAAUUAUUCAAAAGUUUUGGUAAGCUUAAUCUGUGGAAUGAUUUAAAAAAAAUAACGCAUGUAGACUUUGUCAGCGUGAAUACCAAAGAUCAAUCCAUCAUUUAACCGUCGGCUUUCAUUGCCGCGACAUAUAAUAUAUUGUGGUCCUCCACAUUCAUUAAACAAUAAAACAAAGAUCACAAUAAUAUGAAAUGGUAUAUCAUCAGUGUAAACUCACAAUUAUUCAACAAGAAAUAAGUUGUCGUAGGUUAAUAACUAAUAAGGUAUAAUAUCUGCUUACAAACUAUUUGCGCUGUGCAAUAGAAAAAAUCUAGAUGGUUCAUUUAAUUGCAGCAGGAAAUGUAACAGCUAUUGUAAAUGUAAUAUUUGUUUUUGACUUGCAAUUAUUAUCUUUAAAUGUAUAUUGAAGCAAUUGUUAAUGUAUUUUUUAUUUGCGACGUGUAUUAAAAUAAAUCAUAAA